AUGGGAGGCAAACCACGCAACUUCGGGAUGAAGGAACAUCGUCCUUCACCAUUGAAACAAGAAGUCUCGCAAAGACCUAUCUCUAUGCAAUCGCCCAGCAUGGGUUUGGUGAGAGAUCCCAUGUUUUGGAAGAGGUUUUCGACGGCGGUACAUAUGUCGGAAGUGGACUUGAAGGAGUUGGAGAGUGGAUUUGCUAGUGAGAGGGUGGAGAGAAAGGAUUCUUAUGGCGGAGGUGAAGAUUGGCUGGAUCAACAGUAUAAGGAGAAACGCCGAUGUCGCUUCAUCUGUAUUGGAGUCACAAUCUUGGUGUCUAUUCUCGUGGCUGCUGCUGUGGUAGUGGUGUUGUAUUUCACGGGAAGAAUACACUUUUAA